UUCUUUUUUUUUUUUUUUUUUAAUGUCAAAUAUUAGUUUUGCUACACUGUUUUAAAUUUUCUAAAUUUUCACUCUGCAGAUUUAAUUAAAAAGAUACUCUCGUGUAAUAAAUUUACGAGUAUAAGUAAUUGAACCGAAGAUAAAUCUCUUUGCAAUUGUUCGGAAACUUUCGUAUCGUUGUAUAAGUUUCUUAAAAUUGGAACAUCCAAUAUAAUAUUCUUAACGAGAGUUGGUGAAUUGUAAUUCAAUUAUCAAUCAUUUAAAUUGAACGUGAAUCAAAAGUUUCGUAGCUGUGAACUAACUUUUACACGAGAGUUUAACGCAUAUCGAUGAUUCGUUUUAGUAGCUAGUUUCUUGUUACAUCAAAUUGUUAAUUAAAAAAUAUAUAACAAAAUUAAUUAUCGACACUAUUCAAAGAAAUACACAUUUAAUAAAAUAAUUUUACUAGUUCUAAAAUAAUAUAAAUAAAUUAAUCGAACGAUUCAACAAUCAAUGAUAUUUCCAUUCAGAAAAACUAUCUUCACACUUUAAAAGAAUUCUUUGCUCGUUUUAACCUUUGAAAUAUCGUUUAAUCGAAAAUGUUAAAAUAUAUAUAUAUGCAUAUCCAUCCAGAUGAUUAUUCAAAACUUUUAAUACAUGGUAUCGUUAUCAAUAAUCGCCUCUACGAUUCCUCGCGUUUAUUGGCAAUUCAAGGGAAUUAAUAUAAAUUGUUCAACUUCUCGAAAGAUCGAACAUCUUUGCGUCCCUCCUCUCCGCGCUCAGUAUACAAAGUUCUCUCUACGAAACUAAUCACGACAAAACGGAAUCGUCGUUCGUUUCAUCCAAGUUUUUUUUCCUUUUUUUUUCUCCGGAAGUUUCACCCAAGUUUUAUAAUAAAUAUGUAAAAGUUAAUAUCGAGGCUUUUAAUAACGAAAUUCUAACGGAGGGCGCCCCCCUAAUUUAAUUACGCGAACAUGGCGGAACUCCACGGAUGAGGAUACGAUUCGAAAGUUUCCGGUUUCUUUCGAAACUUUUCGCCAAAUCUGGAUGAUAAGUAACUGCUAAGUCGCGGACCAACGAUUCCCUUUUUAACGAGACAACUUUCCUCGCCGAUCCGGAAAGAGAGCUUUCCCCUUCGCGCCCUUUUAAUUACAUCCGCAACGUCUCCCGAUCGCCUGUAUCGGAUGCACAAAGCGAAAAUGGAAAGGGACUGCCAGUUUUCGAAAGAUGAGCUCGGUUGACGAGUUGCAUACAAACGGAAUGUAUUUUAAUAACGCGGCUGUAAUUAGAUCUCUCUCUCGGAAACGUGUGCAACGUUAAUGCUUAGAUACCGGCAGAAUUCGCAGAAAUUCCUGAACCAAUCUGCUCGAAUUGAUUAAAAAACAUAUUUCAUUGUGUUUGGACGAAAUUUUCAUAAAUUUAUCGAGAGUAUGAAUAUAAAUAUAAUUUGGGGAAACGAGAAUAUGUAAAUAUAACGUAUUUAAAAAUUAGCGAGAGAAUGAUCCGGAUAAGCACACGUGGAAAUUUAAAGCAGUCUUGAUUAAUUAUAAUAAAGGAUCUGUUCCUCGAAUAAUAGCGUUUAAAGGAUUAACAGUUCAUGGAUUCAGAUAUUCGCUCGACUAAGAACGACCCAACGUAUCUAAUCAAAUUAUGAGAUUACGUUCAGAAAGAAUGAGGAAUAAUCAAUCGCGUGCAAAAGAAAAUAUUUUUUGGCCGAUGUUCUAUAAUUUAAAAACCGUGGCGGAAGUAAUCGUAAAUCGUGCUCGCACACCGAACCAGUUUCCCGAUAAAUAAAUAAUAUCGGUGAAUGAAAAACGUUAUCGUACCUAACCGUCAUCGAGAUUUGAACGAAUUUAUUUACGCGGCCCCAAUAAAACAGACCGGUCUGACGUUAAAUCAGAUUAUCGAUCUUCAUCGAUGACCGCGGUCGUGUGGCAGCAAAAGUGUGACUGCCGCUGUGAAAUAUACAUCACCCUAACCUGGCUUCCUCUUUCGCGUAUACACGUAUCCAGGCUAAAUGUUUUGUCCUGCGUUGGGGCAGUUUCGCGCUUAGGCGCGACGAACUGUCUAUAAUCGGUUUACGACCGUAAAUUCGCUUACAUCGAUGACUCGUCCCCAUUGGCGGCCGAGGAACAGUUACGUUACGGAUAACCUGUAAAAAUAUGAUACGGCGAAUGGAUGGAAUGGGAAUUUAGAGGAUCGGGAACGAAGUAAGGACACCGAUCGUUCGAAUGCCCAAACGCGGUUUUACGUUCCUUUAAAAGUGGCAAGUCUUGUACCGUAACCGUUGAUAAUGGUCUUGAUGCGAAUUCAUAGCCUUUUCCUUUAUGAACGGACUUAUGAAUUAUGUAUUUUAUUCAAGUCAAAGCGUUUAUCUUUCUUGUCGUUUUUCCCCCUUUUUAACAAUGUUUGGCCAUUAUCAUCCCUCGUGGAGAAACUUGCUGCGAAUGAACGUCGUAAGAUUAAAUACGGGCGCGUUAUUUUAGUCGCCGGAAAUUGAAUGUUAAAAUGUUACUUACGAUGAAUUUAAUUUAUAAUUUUUUAAUACGGGUAUACUGCUACACUUGCAUCGAAUGAUCUUGCUCGAUACGUUUAUUAUAAAUUAAUCUUAAAUGACCGAAAUCGUGGAAUUAAAAUAAAAGAAAUUAUUCGAGUGGUAGAUAACUCAAGGGGGGAGGGAAUGAUUGGUUAGAAUAAAUCAAUCUAUAUAUUAAAAUUCCUUUUCCCUCAGCUUCUGAACCCGGCUCUCCGUUUCCUUCUUAUAGGUACAGAUCGAUCUUAAAAUUCUCGUCUCGGUUUGCAAUUACGUUGAAAAACUUGAAAAGAUUAGCCGUAGGAUAAUGGCGUCGUUGGAAUCGGACGAUUUCCCGAACGAGCCGUGCUGUUGCUGCAGUUACAAUCCCUUCAAAGACACUUCCAAAGAGUCGGAGAUCCAGGACCUCUCGUUUGCCCUGAGGAAGCUCACGAUAAUGAAGUGUCAGAUGAAGAAGUGGCGAAUGGAAAGACUUCAGCUCGAGAGCGAAAAUAGGUGUAAAUGCGGAUGAGAUAUUGAAGCCCGAUCCACUGCUGGUGCACUCCCGGGAAGAAAUCGAAAGGCUGCAAAAUGCAAACGCGGCGCUCGAAGAUAAAGUGAGGGAUCUGGAGGAAACUCUCGCCGAACGAGACUGUUGCGACGAUCCUGGCGCCACGAUUUUCUUCCUCAGGGAGAAGAUGAGAUAUUUUAGGGAGCGUUUCGCGCUUGAAAAGAAAGAAUUGCGAGACAUGAUAUCGGAAUUGAAGUUGAAAUUGGCGCGGACCGAGGAGGACGUCAGCUGCCCGGCGAUACAUCGUCUAAGGGCGAAGCUUCGUGACCUGAUGAAAGGAGAGCCAAUCGAGACGUUGGUGUCCAUCUCGAAGAGCUGCGAAGAUCUGCGUUCCGAGAACGAAAAGCUUAAGACCGAAGUGGCCGAUUUGAAACGCGCGUUGGCCCUGUGUGAGCAAAAGAUGAAAGAUAUAGAGGAGCCGAGGGAAGUGAAAGUGGUCGAGACGGUCACUGUGCCUGAAUACAUCGAUAUCGAAGAUUUGUUGAACAAAUUGAAUAAUUGCGAGCAAACGGUGGCCAAUCUGACCAAAGAGUUGGAGGAGAAGAACAAUCAAAUCGAUACGUUGAACAAGGAAUUGGAGCAGAUGGUCAUUUUGAAAAGUCUGGAGGAGCAAAUAGCGAUAAUGAAACAGGAUCUCAAGAAGAAAGACGAGAAGAUUUCGGAUCUUCUGAACACGUUAAGACAAUCAGAGAUAAACUUGCUCGGUUUGGAAGGUUUGAAAGCUAAGCUGGAACACCUGGAGCCGGAAUUGUACGAACUGAGGGAAUCGAAAGGCGAAAUAAUGGAGGAGUUAAACACGAUGCGCGACACAUUGAAGGAGAGGAACGAUCAAAUAAUACAGAUAUUGGAAGACAAGGCUAAGCUGGAGGAAUAUUACAAGAGCAAGGUUGAGGCGUUAGAGGCGAGGCUCGAUGAUCAGGCGAGUUUGAACGAGAAGCUCGAGAAUCUGAGGAAUGAGUUGGAGGAGCAAAGGAUAAAGAACAAAGAACUCGAGGCGUGUUGCAAGGACAUGGAUGUCCUCGAGAUGAAGCUAUCAGAGUUGGAGAAGGAGCUGGAGGAUAACAGAGGCGAGCUCGAGAGAUUGCAAAAGGAAAAUUUGGAUCUGAAGAAUGAGAUAGAGGUGGAAAGGAUGGAGAACGAUAAACUUCGCGACCAGUUGGAAGAGUCGAAAAAGUUGAAGGAGGACAACGAAAAUUUAUGGGCUGAGCUCGAACGGUUGCGAGGCGAGAACGAUGAUUUGAUGGGACAGAAGAAGGCGCUCGAGGAUUUAAAUAAACAGUUAAACGAGGAUAACGAGAGCAUGAAGCGAACGAUGGGCAAUUUGGAGACGCAAAUCGACGAUCUCUCGAAUAAAUUGAGCAACGUGGAGCGAGAACGGGACGCGUUGCUGGACGAGAAUGAGAGUGUGAAGAGGGAGCUGGAACGAACGUUGACGGAGAACGAAAAUCUGAAAACGGAAUUGGACAAGGCCGAUGAACAACUCGACAAACUGAAAACGGAGAAGAACGAGUUGCAGAGGAACUUGGACGCGAUGAAACUCGAGAAUGAGACGUUGAAGGAGGAUGUAAAGGCUUUGAAGGACGACCUUGAAGAGUCGAAGAGAGAGGUAGACGAGAUGAAAGCGGCCGGUGAUGCGUUAAAGGAUAAGGAGGAGUUAAAGGACGUGGAGUUUCGAGAACUGCAACAAAAUAUGCAGAACUUGAAGACCGAAAAUGGCGAGUUGAAGAAAGAAAACGACGAUUUGAAAACGAGAACUUCGGAAUUGGAACACAAGUUGGACAACGCUAAGAAAGAAUUGGACAAAGUGGAGUCGGAGAAUGCCGAUUUACGUGCUAAAAUCGAUAAUUUGGAAAGGGAAUUGGAAAAAAACAAGAAAGAGAUCGAGCAAUUGAAAUCAGAGAUAUCUACGUUGAAGGAUGCUCUCGAUAAAUGUGUGGACGAGAUGGAAAAACUGAAGGUAGAGAACGAGAAGCUUAAGACGGAGGACAUGAAGGUCGAAGCGACCUGGUUGGACGAAAAUGUGAAUUUGAAAGCUAAAAACACGGAAUUGGAAGAAAAUUUGGCCAGCACUGUAAAGGAAUUGGACAAAAUGAGAUCGGAAAACGCCGAUUUACUCAACGAGUUGAAUCGUUUGAAGCAGGAAUUGGAAAAUGGUAGAAAGGAGAUCGAUCAAUUGAAAUCCGAGAUAGCUUCUCUGAAAGACGCUCUCGAGAAGUGUGUUGACGAGAUAGAAAAGCUAAAAACUGAGAACAAGGAUCUUAAAUCGGAAGUUCAAGGCUUGGAAUCUGAAAGGGAUCGCUUGACGAACGAAGUUGCCGAUCUGAAACCAAAAAUUUCAGAACUGCAAGAAAAAUUAACCGAGGCUAGCAAAAAGUUGGAUGAAGCGAAAGUAGAAGAUAGCGAUUUGCGUGCUGAAGUGGAUCGUUUGAAAAAGGAAUUGGAAAAUGCUGGGAAGGAGAUCGAUCAAUUGAAAACCGAGAUGAGCUCUUUGAAAAACGGUCUUAACAAAUGUGUGGAGGAGAUGGAAAACUUGAAAAAUGAGAACAACGAGUUGAAAUCUCAAGUUCAUGGACUUAGGGGCGAGGGGGACAGUUUAGCCAGUGAAUUAACUAACAUGAAGGACGAAAAUUCUACUUUGAAAGAUGAGAAAGAUCGAUUGAACAAGCAAUUGGCGGAGAAUAAGACGGAAAAUGAAAGAUUGAAAAAGCAGAAUGAUGAAUUAGAAAGUGAGAAUACGAAGGUAAAAAAUGAGUUGGAAUCUUGCAAGAAUGAAAAUAACAAUUUGAAAGACGAAAAUAACAAAUUGAAGGACGAACUUGAAAAAUUACAAGAACAAUUGAAAUCGUUGAACGAUGAAACGAAUAAAUUAAAAAGCGAGCUCAAGGAAACUGAAGAUAAAAUUCAGAUUUUGGAAUCGCAGUUGUCGCGUGCACGAAGCGAGAACGAGAAAUCGCAAAAUGAAUUGACGGUUUUGAGAAACGAGAUGAACGAAUUAAAAGCUAAAUUAGAUAGAGAAAUGCUCGACAAUACAAAUAUGCGAAACGCUUUGAAAAUAUUGGAGGAUCAAGUGCAAGAUUUGAAUAAGAAACUGGACAACUGUAGAGCGGAGAACGACGAUUUGAAACAGGAAAAUAAAGAUCUUAAAGCGAAGUUAUCGGAGACGGGAGAAGUUGUAUUGAAUUUGAAGACGGAAUGUGAUAAUUUGAAAGAAGAUAUUAUCAAUUUGCAGAAAACAAUCGAACAACUGAAACAGAAAAUCGCUGAUCAGGAAGCGGAGAUAGACCAUUGGAAAGUGGAGCAUUGUAAAUUCGAAUUGGAUAAUGAAAAAUUAAAAGCUGAUCUCGAGAAAAUGUUGAAAGAUUUAAGCGAAUGUCAGACUGCGAAAAAAGCUAUUGAAUCGGAUCUGAUCAAACUGAAAAACGAGAAAGACGAUCUGAAUAAAAAAUUGACCGAUUUAACGUCGCAAUUGGACCAACAGAAGAAAACAUUGGAAGCGGAAAAAUCGGCCAAAGAUAAGAGUGAUAUACAAAUCGCUUCCUUGAAUUCCGAACUAGAAGCGUUGAAGAUAGAAUUAGAAAAAUUGAGAGCGGAUAACAGCAAGUACAGAAGCGACAUAGACGAUCUAGGAAAACAACUGGCAUCGGCGAAGAACGAGUUGAGUGAUUGCAGAGAGGAAAUCUUUGUGUUGAAAAACGCCAAUAGCGCGUUAAAGUCCGAAUUGGAACCUCUGAGGAGUUUGAAGGAUGAUUACAAUAGAUUGACAACCGAAUUGGACGGUCUGAAAUCUGAGAACACGAAACUUCUUCAAGACAAGAGAAGUUUGGAGGACGAGUUCGGGAAAUUGAGAGGAGAGGGUGAUGGGCAGAGGGUGGAGAUCGACAGAUUGAAGACGAAUUUGGACGCGGAGAAAACGGCCGCGGAAAAAUUAAGAUCGGAUCUUCAAAGUUGCAAGACUGAAAAUGAUAAAUUGCAAUCGCAAAUCAACGAGAUGAAGAGGAAUCUGGAUAAAAUGGAAACGGAGAAUGAUCGUUUGAAGAGGGAGCUCGACGAGUCGAAGAAGAAGCUCGAGGAUAUGGAGGCAAAGAUGAAGUCUCUGGAAAAUCAGUUAACGAAUUUAUCAGCGGAGAAAGAAGAAUUGGUCAAGGAACUCUAUCGUACGCGUGAAGAUUUGAACAAUCUCAGAAACGAAUUGGAGAAACAAACGGCUGUCAAAGAUACAAUGGCAAAGGAAUCGACCAAUCUGAAAGAGGAGUUGAAAGCGUUGAAGGAGGAAUUGAAUAAGACUCGUGAUGAAAAUGACAAGCUGAAGAACGAGAAUGACAAGCUGAAUGCGGAAAUAGCAAAAUUGAAUAAACAAUUGGACGCAUUGAAAGAUGAAAGUGCGAAUCUGAAGAAUGAGAUCGAGAAUCUGAACGAGAGGAACACGGAAUUGUCUAAAGAAUUAACCGUGGUGAAAGAUAAUUUGAAGGGCAUGGAGACUCAAUUGAACAAUCUGAAAAAAGAGAAUGACGAUUUGAAAAAUAAAAUCGAUACUCUCGAGGACUCGAUACAGGAGGUUGAUAAUUUGAAGAAACAGUUGGAAGAGGCUCAAAAGGAAUUGGAUAAGCCGAGCCCGGAAUUGGAUGCAUUAAAAUCAGUCAAUAAAAAAUUGCAGGAUGAUUUAGAUAAUGCGAAAAACGAAUCGUUAAAUUUGAAGAAUGAUUUGGAUAAUUUGCGAAACGAUUACAAUAAUUUGCAAAACGAUUACAAUAAUUUGCAAACUGAACUUGCUAAUCUGAAAGAGGAGAGAGAUACAUUUAGAGAACGUGCUGCCGCGUUGGAAAAAGAUCUGGUCAGGGUGAAGAGGGAAAAUGACGAAUUGAAAGAUCAAAACACGACACUUAGAACAGAAUUAGACGAUUGCCAAGAGGAGAAUAAUAGGUUGCUUAAAGAAUUGGAGAAGCUGAAGUCGGAGAAUGUGAAAUUGCAAGACAACUUGAUCAAUGCGAAAAGCGAAGCGGAUAGAUUAAAAGAAGAUUUGAACAAAUUGAAAAAAGAUUAUACCGACUUGCGGGUCGAUUUGACCAAGGCGAGGGAAGACAGAGACAUAAGAAAGGAAAAGGAUAUGGAGCUGGACAAAGAGAUUGACGAGUUGAAGGCCACAAAUGCAAAAUUGAAAAGCGAUUUAUACGAUUGCCAGAAAGAGAACGAAAAAUUGCGCAAACAACUGACUAAAUUAAAAACAGAAAAUGACAAACUGAAAAAAGCUUUAGAUAAAGAUUUGGAUCAAAAAGAGACAGAAAUCGACAAAGACAUUCUGGAUGAUUGCAGCGAGUAUAUUGAAGCAAACAAAAUACUGCGGAAAAAUUUUGAAAAUCAGUUAAAAGGUGUACAACGUCUUCGAGAUUACAUUAAUUAUUUAGACGGUAAGGGUGCAGAACCUAAAAUGGCGGAUAAAUUGGAAGAAUCAGAAAUGAAUAAUCCAAUAAAUACAACAAAGGAUAUUGAGGAUUUGUUGAAGAUGUCUCAAAAUUUAAGUAUCAAUAUUAAUAAGGCGGAACAAGAAAUACAAAAUCUUGCUAAAUUAUUAAAACCUGUGGAACUUGGUGCCUUCGAUCCUGAUGGUUGGUUAAAUUCGUUGACACUUACGCAAUUGGCAGAACUUCAUGACAAGAUAUGUGAAUUGACAUCAGACAUGGUGCAACAAGAUUCCAAAGCUGUCCCAUGUGAAGCAUCUCAACGAUCAGAGAAUUCGACGGAUGUUUUGAACAAACGUAUAGCUGCUUUGCAGAAACAGAUUGCGGAAAAGCAAAUGGAGGCAGGAUGGAAGCUUCAGGAGCUGAAGAGAGCUCUUAGAAAUGAGCAGGCUAAUUUAAUUCGAUUGUCCAAUGAGAUGAAUUUGGAGAGACAACGCAAUUUUAAUCUUCAAUCUAGGAUGGAUUAAUCUUCUUGUUUGAAGAGAUGUAAUUUUCUUUUCAAACAAUUAUGUUUUCCAAAAUAUUUCACCGAUCGGCAUGUAUUUGAUCUUUAUUACUUAUGAUUAUAUCGAUAAGUCUGUGUAAGUAUGAAUCAUAUAUCAUCAAUUAUAUAUCUGUACUUCGUCCAAUAACAUAGUAAUCAUCGAUGUAAGUGUAUAUAAAUGAAAAGUAGAGAUUUAAAUUUUUUCAUACAUAACUGUUUCAAUUUUUCUAUUUGUUUAUACUUGUGUAUAUCUAGUAAUAAAUUUAUAAAUUCUAGUGACUCAUAUCUAUAAGAAAUGACACACACAUUAAAAGAGGAGUCAUACCAAACAAUAUUCCAGAAAGAACAGUGAUUUAGAAUACUUUGAAAAAAUGUUCCUUUUGAACACAGUUUACUAAACUUAUCAAAAUAAUCUUUACGUUUACAAUUCUUUUACAAUUAUUGGAAGAGGUUUUAUUCAGAAUUAAUGAUGAAUUAUAUUUAAGAGACUAUACAUACCUACAUUAAAUUAAAUUAUAAUGAUUUAUAUACAGCACAAACCAUACGUAUAUAUAACAAUGAUAUAUUUGGAAUAAGAAAUGAUUAUUAAA